AUGCACUUCUUCACGAUCCUAGAGCUCGCGACGUCCGCCACAGCAGGUGUCGCUGGCGGACGCAAACCCAGCCGUCCUCUAUGGAACCAACGCGGACCAGUGCGAGCGGGUCAUAACUUCGAGCAGACAGCAGGCUUCGUCGAGAAGACACACAACCUCGCUCGAGAUGCCCGAGACGCUGUUCAAGCCCGACUUCCUUUCAACAAUGACGAGGUGCAAGACGGACCAGUUGACACAGGCCCAUGGUCAAGGAUCAGCGCUGGGCUGAAGGACGCUUGGAAUGCUGUUACACACGGAGUCAACCAGAAAGCUCAUGAAGCCGCUGAGCUUGCGAAAGCGCAUGCUACGAUGAGUACCGAUGCCGGAAACAACAAAUCUCCUAAGUUGGCCCUGCGGGAUGUCGACGAUGAAGCUGAAGCUAUGCACAACAUCCUCGAACGAGCAGAAGUGCAUGGCGAGGUGUACAGAGCUGGCACUGGGAAAAAAUCACACCGUCCUGCUAGUUACCGGCUUGGCCAGCGCGAUCUUGAUGUCGACGAGGACGAGAUGCCGGAGUAUGACGGUUCUGUCGAGUCUCGCGAUGCUGCGCCUUUCGAUGAAGAUGAUGAUGCAUACGAUGAUGAAGACGAGCUCCAGGACUCGGACGCAGACGAGGAUCAUCUCGCAGGGGACGAAGUCUUCGAUGAAGAGGAAGCACCACCUGAACAGCCCGAGGAAGACACAACCCGAACCCUCUCAGCUCGCGACGCAGACCCGGCACGCCGUCGUCUCUUCCACCUCGGCAGGAAGCCCAAGCCCAAACUCGCCAAUCCAUUCCACGCUCGCGAUGUGGAGGACGAAGACGGCGAUGAUGAUAUCGAAGAAGAGGAAGACCUCGCCGAACGUGACUUCCUCGAUGGGACAAAACCCAUAGUCUCGAGCGAGACAGCAGGUGCUGCUCCACCACCUCAGCCGGCGCAUCAGACGAAUGGUUGGGGCAGGCAGCAUGGUCAUUACCGUCAUGCGGAACCUCCGUUGCAAGCUGGGCCGGGGAAGACGAGGAGUGAGAAUGAGAAGAGGUUUUUGUCGUUGGGUUGA